GCUCCAGGUCGAGGCCGAGCAAAGCAGGGCGGCUGCUGCGUCACCAGCGCCAGGGCGCCACUCUGGCAGGGAUGAGCAAGCUCAACAUCGACAACCUGAAGAAGGGCAUCGGCGAGAUCCUCGACGGCGCGAAGGCGAAGCCCCGCAAGUUUCUCGAGACGGUGGAGCUGCAGAUCGGCCUCAAGGACUACGACACGACAAGGGACAAGCGUUUCGCAGGCACCAUCAAGCUCCAGUCCACGUCCCCCGCCCGCGCAUGAAGAUCUGCGUGCUGGGCGACGCGGUGCACUGCGAGCAGGCGCAGCGGGCGGGCAUCCCGUUCAAGAGCGUCGACGACCUGAAGAAGCUGAACAAGAACAAGAAGCUCGUCAAGAAGCUGGCGCAGUCCUUCGACGGCUUCCUGGCCUCGCAGGUGCUGAUCCCGCAGAUCCCCAGGCUGCUGGGCCCCGGCCUGAACAAGGCUGGCAAGUUCCCGACCCUGGUGCAACACACGGACGUCCUCGAGAACAAGGUGACCGACAUGAAGAGCCAGGUUAAGUUCCAGCUGAAGAAGGUGCUCUGCAUGGGCGUGGCCAUCGGCAACGUCAACAUGACCCCGGAGGAGCUGAGGAUGAACUCGCUGAUGGCGAUCAAUUUCCUCGUGUCGCUGCUGAAGAAGAACUGGAACAACAUCAAGCGCCUGCACAUCAAGAGCACGAUGGGGAAGCCAUUCACCGUCUACGGCUGAGCGCGUCAAUGGCAAGCCAUUCACCGCCGAGCUUUCGGAAUAAAUGUUGCGACCAGCCUCGGGCUUUCGGGGUCAGGGGAGGCUUUCUCGGAAAGCUUGGGGGGCCAGAAGCCUUCCCAGCAGAGGAGGGGCGCGAGGUGCCGUCGCUUUGGAUGCCCGCCAAGCUGCCUCGCGCGUUCCCGCACAGUUCGAAGAGCGAAUCUCGCGCGCAGAGACGGUGUGCCCG